UUAAGAUUUAAGAUAAGUUUGGGAUUAGGACUUCUUAAUCCACCUAAUAGUGUACUAUAAAGUACCUUAAAUACCGGGACUAUGUCCCUAUAAUACAGGAGAAAGAACCCCACAAGUUUGAUAGGACAAUGAAUGAGAUGUAAAUAUCAAUAUACCAUAAACAUCAUCUUUGUUCUUGUAUUGUAUUGAUCUUUUCACUUUUGAAUACCGACGUGCCUUAAAAAUGGACAAGGAAGACAGGCAAACAGGCAUUUAUGCCGCUGAGAAAAUACUAAAGAAGCGCAGGAGAGAGAACAAAGUCGAGUUUUUAAUAAAGUGGAAAGGAUGGUCUGCAAAGUACAAUACUUGGGAGCCGAAGGAAAACGUCCUUGAUCCCCGCUUAUUGCUCGCUUUUGAAGAAGCUCAUGAACGAAAAAGAAAACGUGGGUUUGCAAAGAAGCCACGAAGAGCUGAGGACGUACCUGAAGAAGUGGAUGAAGAAAUAAUGGAGCAAGAAGAUGUCAACUCUUUAACUGGUGGUGAAACGGAUAAUGGUGGGGAAGAAAGUCAGAUCUUGAUAACUGAUGUUCCAGGACCAAGUAGCUUAGCUGCAGGGCCUAGCCAUGUAACUCCUCGGCCUAGUCACAUUGCUGGUCCGAGCAGCUUAACCGCUUCAGUGUCCAGUCACAUUUCACUUCCAAGUCAUGUUACAGAUCUAAGUGAUGUUGCCAGUCCUAGCCAUCGAACUCCAGAACCUGCUCGUGUUGCAGCUGUUUCAGAUCCUAGUCUUAUUCCUGGAACAAGCUAUGGUGUUGACCCUGGUUCUAUGACUAGCACUAGCCAUGCUGCUGAACAAAGUCUUGUUGCUGGUGGGCCAAGUUGUGGAUUUGAAAUUGGGGAAAAUGCCAAGCAGAAGCUGGAUGAAAGCGGUGUUAAUGCUCCGGAGGGAACAGAUGUUGCAACAAAACAUGAAACAACUAUUGUUCCUGACACACAGAGUGAACAUCCAUGUUUGGAAUCACAAGAGAUUCCAAGUUUCGAAACAAUACCAGAGCGGAAUUGUAUAAAUUUAAAUGAACCUUUAGAAGCAGUUCCAGAGGAAUUGCCUACAGACAUUUUUGAUAACUCAAGUGAAAAUGAAUCUGCUGUUGUUGCCCCACAGACAGAAGAGAGAGUUGAGGUAGUCCUACCAAAUCCAAGCCUUUUGCCCACCUCGAACUCUGUUCCCAAUUUAGAACAGAAUUCAGCUAAUCUACUUGCCUCUGCAUCCACCCUCGCACCCACUCAGCAUGAGAAUGGGGGAUCACCCCCUGAUUCCCCAGAGCAUGUCAAAGAUGGGCCUCCCCUGGCACCCAUUCCCAAUGAGGAACAGAAACUCAACCCGGCGACCAUUUCCCACGCUGAACACAAACCUCCGGAAGCUGUUUCUCAAGUGGAGAACAAACCACCACCAGCACCCACCUACCAUGUAGAGCAUAAACCACCACCAGCACCCACCCACCAUGUGGAGCACAAGCCAACCCCAGCAUCAAUGCCACAUAUUGAAAGCAGACCACCGCCAAUUAGCAUUGCGGAAAAUAAAUACCUAAGAGCUAACAAGGAUGUUGAAGGUGUUGACAAACGGUUGGCUGAAGUUAGCGACUGCCCUAACCUCAGUCUUGUGGACAAAGUUGUAAUCACAGAUGUUACAACUGCUAAAGGCACAAUAACUGUCAAAGAAUGCACCACAGAUGAAGGAUUCUUUGGAAAUAAUGUUCCUGCUGAACAACAAGCACCAACUGCUAAUGAUGGCUCAUCUUUGACUUAGAAUUUAAGAAGCACUGAAUGCAAUUCAAGCAAUGAAAUUGUGAUAGAAUAUUUUGAACAAGAAACUUGAACAAAUAACGAGCAUUACCCAAUGCAAGUGAAGAAUGUAGUAUAGUCAUUUUAAUGUACAAAUAUAAUAUUCAGUUAGUUUGUGUGGGUUGAAUUUAUCAUAGUGAUGAGGUCUGUUUUGUUUUUGUAUUGGUCCAAAUAAAA